AGUAUAAUUUUAAAUCGUAGAAAAUGGUGUGGUCCCGGCCAGUCCUUAACUUUUCUCAAUAUUGUCUAGCUUUCUCUUCUGGUUCUAAACGAAGAAGGGUAAAAAGAGUAUGAAUAAAAAAUACAGAGAAAGCUAAUCACACGUACACAACUGUCUGGUUGUUAGAGCAAAUAUAUUUCAGGGGGAGUUAUUGACCAAAAUUUAACAGUGACCAAUGUGUAUGUCUGUAAAAUAAAAACAAUAAGAGUAAAAAGUUCUAAAUAUGCUGAUAAACACUCUGGAAUUCUAGAAUGUUCUAGUAAAUGAGAUAUUUGUGUAAACAACCCCAUUACUCAAUCAGUGGUUGUCGACUGGUUGAAGCAGAAAACACCAUGUUCAACAAAACACAGUGGUGUAAUCUGACCUCUUUUUUCUGGAUCUCCGCCCUUUUAAUCUACAGUGUGCGUGAUGCUGAUGCACUGGGUAGAAAUAUGGCACUUCAGAGCAGUGAGCUUUGUGAUGUUACAAACAACUCAAUAGCAGGAGAAGGUUUCAACAUUGUGAGCAAGGAAAGAUGUAACCAGUUCUGUACAAUGAACAAUGACUGUGCAUACUGGACUUGGUACAAAUCCCAUAAUACUUUUGGUGGAGGGUCUGAGUCCAGUGCUCGCGAGAAUGUUUGCUACGCGCUCAAUACCUGUCACCUUAUCACUGAGAAGUGCUUGGACUGUGCAUCAGGGAAACGGACAGUGGCUGGGACCAAGUCAAUGAGUGCAGAAGUGGCAGCAGAAAUGGCAAGAAAGAUUAUAGAAGUAGAACGGAAGAAGAGAAAUAAUCGGGAAGAUUUGUGAUAAAUAAAUGUAUUCUUGCAAAAAAUUGUUUCACCAUGUACUGUGACUUAAGGGGGGGGGGAUUCAAUGUCUUUCUUGGAAGUUUAUUUAGUACAAAAUAAAAAAGUGCAUUUAAAAAAUA